GGGAAAAAAGCUUAUAAACUAACAGCCCUGAUGGAGGAGAGCGCGUUCUACUGUGUCUCAAAUCUCCAGGCACUACCUUGCAACCUGGAGGGGUCGAACGCGUCAGUUUGUGUUAUGCUACUAUCUUCGUUCGGCCAAAGCUGAGUAUUACAUUUGUUUUGUCACCACAUCUGUGCUUCAGCCAUUUCCUAUGGAUUCUUUGAAGCUUGAGAAAGAGGAGUUCGUAAGCAACUUGACCGGGUCCUCUAUGCUGGAAAUAGCGGUUCUUACCGUGGCAAUUCCUUUGUUGGUCGUUUUUCGUCACGCAACCAUCUCCAAUUCCAUGGCUGGUGGCUCGCUAAAGAAAAACGAUGAUGCAGUGGCUGAGUCUAGAAAUAUGAAAACAUACUUAACCACCCUGUGUUUGGAUUAUCUUGCCAUUGUUCUUCCUGUUGUCUCGUUUGUCACUGUAUUGGCAGAUUGGACCUAUAUUGGGUCAUUUUUGAUCGUAAUCUUCACAUUAAUUUCUGUUGCUUCUAAAAGAUACAAAUUUGGUGGUUCUUCUCUUUCUUUUCAAGGAGAUUCCAAUUCUCUUCGUGCAUACAUUUCAUCAUAUAGGUUUAUUGUGAUGAUUAUGACAUGUGAGUGUAUUUUGGCUGUUGACUUCAGAAUAUUUCCCAGAAGACUUGCAAAGACUGAAACGUAUGGAACUAGUUUGAUGGAUCUUGGAGUUGGAUCAUUUGUGGUGGUAAACUCAUUUGUUUCUCGGCAAGCUCGAAAUAUCAAAACUAUUGGCUGGAAGAAUGCAGUGCAGUCCAGUAUUCCAUUGAUUAUCUUAGGAUUUAUUCGUUUUGUUACAACGGCUGGUGUCAACUAUCAGUUACAUGUGAGUGAAUAUGGUGUGCAUUGGAAUUUUUUCUUCACACUUGCUGGUGUUUCAAUCCUUACUUCCAUGGUUAAUAUUCCCCCACAAUAUUCUGGAAUUCUUGGCUCUCUUGUCUUAGUAGUGUACCAGCUCUGUUUGUUGCUUGGGUUAAAUAACUACCUGCUUUCUAAUGAAAGAGGAACUGAUAUUAUCAGCCAAAACAAAGAGGGGCUAUUUAGCUUAUUUGGAUACUGGGGUAUGUACCUUGUUGGUGUUCAUUUGGGAAAUUAUCUUUUCUUUGAAACAUCCUCCUCUGCGUCUAAAAGCAGCAGAUGGGUUAGGAUAAGAGUAUGGAUUCUCUGUCUAUCAUUCGGGUUAUUAAGUGUGCUACUAGACAGAUAUGUUGAAAAAGCCUCUCGGAGAAUGUGCAACCUUCCAUAUGUUGUUAUGGUAUUCGCUAACAACCUACAGAUUUUUUCAAUUCUGAUGCUGGGCGAUCUUGUUCCUGGAAGUAAAAUUUCGUUACUUGAAGAGGCAUUUAAUCGGAACUUACUGCCUACAUUUCUUCUGGCAAAUAUCCUCACCGGACUGGUAAACAUGUCCAUGAAUACCCUCUCUGCGUCAUCUUUUACAGCCACUUGUAUCUUGAUUGUCUAUACUUUUGUUUUAUCAAUUACGGCUGGAAUUGCUGACUUUUAUGGUAUCAAGCUGAAACUCGGUUGAUGCAGCCGCUGGCAACGCUGUAGUUUUUUCUCUUAUUUAUAGUAUCAACCUGAAAGGAAAAUAUUUUGUAAAUCACACAGUGAACCCAUUAGCUUAGGAUUCAUAUGCAUCACGAUCGUCUUUGAUACUGAAACUGAGUGAGAUUUGAAGCUGGGUACAAUUCUAUAUUGCCUCCAUCUGUGGCUAAAAGGAAACUUCUAGAUUUUACCCAGGCUGUAAUUGUUAAGAAUGCAUGUUUGGCGAUAAAUUUACGAAGGUAUUGAUUAUAAUAGAUCUCAAAUAUUAAGGAGAGUCA